UAACGGAUACGCCCACAGGCAACCGGAGUUGGUGGUCGGCGGAGCUUGGUGAAUUAUUCUCACUUUCUGAGGUAAGCGGAAUGGCGGCUAGCGCAGAUGCACAUGACAAUCUUGCACGAGGAUCCGACAAUGAAACUUCCAUUACAUUCCUGAAGCAACCCGUGUCAACAGCAUCCAGUGAACCUGUCGAGAUGCACUGCCCAUCAUGUCGGAAGAUUUUCGACCUACGGAACCAAACACCACGGUUGUUGGGCUGCCUACACUCGGUGUGUUCCGAUUGCUUAAAGAUAACGCUAUUCUCCCAUGAAUCACCCGGUAUUGCGUGUCCCGUCUGCCGGAGUCCUAUCUCACAUGAAGCUGCGCCUCUGGACUACGCCAUCAUGAAGGUGUUGGAGAUUGAGGAGACGAAGGACCUUGGUGGGCUGAAGUGCGAUGACUGCCCCCAUGACGGUACAGCGACGUAUCGCUGUCUGGACUGCAGAUGCAACAUGUGUGACACAUGCAUGUCCUACCAUGCCAAAUUUGCUGCAACCAUAACCCACGAGUUGAGGUGUUUGUCAGAGCUUUCUGACACGAAACACGAGGUACUGAAGGAGGACAAGCUUUGUCCGCAACAUGGACUUAGGCAACAUCUGUUCUGCUGUUCCAAGACGUGUAAGGUUGCCCUGUGUAGCACCUGCGCCACAACAGACCACAACGGCCACAACUUGGGUCCAAUAUGGUGUCUGUAUGGUGCAGUUCGAAAGGACAUCAUGAAACGCAAUGUCCUGCUCGCUGAAAACAUCAGCAGAAUGGAGGACCUGGAGGCCCGACUUAACUCGCACAAGGAAAGGGUUAAAGAGUCGAAGCGGAAUAUUGAGAGUGAUAUUCACGUUCUCUUCUCCCACCUUGAAGACAAGGUCCUUGCAAGAAAAGCGGUGCUGGUGAACGCCACCAACACAAUCAAGAACGACUAUCUGAGAGAAGUGAAGGGCGUUCAGGAGCAGCUGCGGGCAACCGAGAGAAGGCGACAAGAGGUCAUAGAUUUCAGUGAACGAGUGAAGAACCUAUGCUCACCUGCGGAAUUCCUCAACAUAGAUAAGAUACUUACCGCACGAAUGAUCCAAGUGGCGAGUGAACCAACCACAGUUCCAUUUCAGGAGAAGAAUGUUGUUUUCGGAAGAACAUUGCUGACUGAUGUCAUGACCUCAAUUGGUAAUCUGUGUGAGAUAACUACAACAGUACAGAAGUAGCCACAGACCUUCACCUUACGCGUUCCUGACUGACGAGUCGUCAUUACAUGAUUACUGAAGAUUACGUUAUCAAAUCUGACUGGUGCACCUUCUGCAGCUAUAUGGCUACCUGGGUACUAUAUGUGGAUGUAACUCCAUGCUAUAUCAGGAGGUGAUGACUGGUGCACCUUCUGCAGCUAUAUGGCUACCUGGGCACUAUAUGUGGAUGUAACUCCAUGCUAUAUCAGCAGGUGAUGACUGGUGCACCUUCUGCAGCUAUAUGGCUACCU